GUGUCAGAGGCAGCGAUUACAAUGUCAGGACUGUCCCGGCGGCUGCGUUCCCACGCCCGGACAUCCCGGCUCCGGGAGACGUGGUGGCUCCGGGAGCGGAGCGGGACACCAUGAUUUGGAAAAAUGAUAGAAGUGUCUCUAUCAGAUUUCUUGUGUGGUUUCUCCUGUGCGCAUUCAUCAGCAAGGCGCUUUCCGAAGACAACAUCAUUACAAYGAAGCGAGGCAAAGUACGGGGAGUGAACCUGCAGGUGCUUGGGGGAACGGUGACAGCCUUCCUUGGGAUUCCUUAUGCACAACCGCCCGUUGGCAGGUUGAGGUUUCAAAAGCCAGAACCUCAUGAGAAGUGGUCAGACGUCUGGGAUGCCACGAAACAUGCCAACUCUUGUUACCAGCCUAUAGACAAUGCUUUCCCUGGAUUUUCUGGAUCAGAGAUGUGGAACCCCAAAACAAACCUGAGUGAAGACUGCUUAUACCUUAAUGUAUGGAUUCCCUCUCCCAGAACCAAGAAUGCAACUGUAAUGGUGUGGAUAUAUGGAGGGGCCUUUGAGAGUGGGUCAACUGCCCUGCCUGUCUAUGAUGGCAAGUUUCUGGCGAGGGUGGAAAGAGUCGUCGUUGUUUCCAUGAACUACAGGACUGGAGCACUGGGAUUUUUGGCUUUGCCAGGAAACAAGGAAGCUCCUGGAAAUGCGGGCUUAUUCGACCAAAGAUUAGCACUUCAGUGGGUCCAGGAGAACAUAGCAGCCUUUGGGGGCAAUCCAAGAAGUGUUACUAUAUUUGGAGAGAGCGCUGGCUCGGCGUCUGUCAGUUACCAUAUCCUUUCUCCUGGAAGCUAUUCUUUGUUCACAAGAGCCAUCAUGCAGAGCGGAUCUGCAAACGCCCCUUGGGCUGCAAUACCACCGUGGGARGCUAGGAACAGGACGGUGGCUUUAGCUAAGCAUUUCCAGUGCCCUACCGACAAUGAGACAGAGCUAAUCCUCUGCCUCCGAGACAAGGACCCCCAGGAUAUAGUGGACAGUGAAGUUUUUGCUGUCACACACGAAUCUCUUCUUAAAAUAUAUUUUUGUCCAACUGUAGAUGGUGAUUUUCUUUCGGACAUGCCAGASACGCUGGUUGAAAAUGGUGAUUUUAAGCAAACGCAGCUCUUAGUUGGCGUCAACAAAGACGAAGGAACAAGUUUUCUAGUCUAUGGAACACCUGGCUUUAGCAAAGAUAAUGAUAGCUUGAUCAAUAAAACAGAAUUUAGAGCAGCUUUACAAUAUGUCUUCCCAGAAGCAAGCCCACUUGCACUGGAAUCAAUCAUUUUUCAGUACACAGACUGGGAGAAUGAGCACAAACCAGAACAUUAUCGUGAUGCCAUGGAUGACGUCGUUGGAGACUACAUUAUAAUAUGCCCUGUUGUGGAAUUCGCAAAAAAAUUUGCACAACUAGGACACAACGCGUUCUUCUACUUCUUCGAUCAUCGACCCUCAAAGCUCGAGUGGCCGGAGUGGAUGGGAGUGAUGCACAGUUGUGAAAUUGAGUUUGUGUUUGGACUACCCUUAGAAAGAAGAGCCAACUACACUAAGGCUGAAGAAGUCUUAAGUAGGUCCUUAAUGCGGUACUGGGCAAGUUUUGCAAAAACGGGAACACCAAACGCAACGGUGGCUAAUGGGACAAGAUGGCCAGUCUUCACAAGUACUGAACAAAAGUAUUUGACUUUAGACACUGAACCUCCAAAGAUAUACACAAAAUUACGUGCUCAGCAGUGUCGAUUUUGGAGCACAUUUUUUCCCAAAGUCAUGGAAAUGACAGGAAGUGUUGAUGAAGCAGAACUGGAGUGGAAAGCAGGAUUCCAUCGCUGGAGCAAUUACAUGUCGGACUGGAAAAAUCAAUUUAAUGAUUACACUAGCAAGAAGGAGAGAUGUACAGGUCUCUAACUAAUAUGUUUACCCUUUCCAGUAUGCCUGUAUUACUGUUGAUCGAGGCAAAUAUACAGGUAUUUCUAACACAUCAAUCAUAAAAUGAUAUUCAGAUUAAAAAAAAAUGGAUAUAAUAUUAAUUCCCCAGAUCUUUCAUUUAUGUUUUACCUCAUAUCUCAAUAAAAAACAAGGCAUCCAAAUCCUUUGAAGCUGCAGUGUGCUAAAUAGGACUAUAGAUAUUAAAGUCUGAAGAUUAAUGAUGUACAUAUUAUUACAAACAGUAGCUGCUUAAAUUCACACUUCAAAGAAACAAUGUAAUCUGUUAGAGAAAAAUUGAUUUUUUAAAUAGAAAUAGCUGUGUUUUCGAGUACUGUUAUGCAAAACACAAUUGGUUUUGAUCUUUGACUGCAGUGCUACAGCACUUAAGCCCUGCUUCAGACAUAAUUUAAUCGACAUCACCAUGAAGAGAUAAUAACUUUGCUGGACACAACAAAUAUUUGCUUGUUAGACCAAAAAGUUAAGGCCAUCAUUAAAACCUGAAUUAUUGCUUCUUUAUGGCCAAAGCUGUAGGAUGGCCAAAGCCAGAGCGUAUUCAAACUAUCUAUUAAAGGCUUAAAGUCAUCGAUUCCCUGUGCUUGUACAAUCGUGAAGCGAGACGUGAAGAGGACAUCAUGCAAGGUGAAGUGGUCAGAAGGAUCGAGAUCUUCCAGAUGGCUGUACAGGUGGAUAACUAUUUCUCCUACUUCUCUGUUUCCGGAUGUGGUUGGAAGUUACAUGCCUCAAUAAUACUUUCCUGAGCCUUUCACUGGCCUGUCUGGGAUGAAUAAAUGUUUAAAAUUUGAUGGACAUAAGGAGGAUGUAAGAGGAAUAACCCAUCCUAUAAGCAAAUGAUUUUGAAGCUUUUGGUAAAAGUAGUAGCUUUUCACUGUAUCCAUUUCCUCUUUUAGUGAUCAGAAGCUCCUGCAAAAGCCCCUGUUGAAUUAGGCAUACUGAUAAGAUAGAGAUAACAGAGAAUGGUCUCUUUUUGGUGGCCAAUCUGAGCAAGAAGGAUCCCUAUGCAGAACGGCUUACUGUUUAUCUUUCAGAAAGACCAAACUCUGCAGCUUUUCAUCCUUUCAGUUGCUAUUAAGAGAAUACAAUUAUUUCCUGGAUAAAAUAAAGAAAAAAAAAAAAAAAAAGAAAGGACAGCUCAUAUCAGAGCAUUUCUGAAGACCACAAUCAAAUUACCACAAUCAAAAACACCACCAUUUUGGAGCAGGCUCGUUAUAAUUAUGAAAGCAUCUAGAAGCUAAAAAAAAACCCUCUUCAUACAGUAUUUCUUGUUUAUACCACAAGGAAUGAUCUCAUUUUAUAUAUUAGCAGUUACCAAUACUAAAAACAGCCUGGAGAGCUGUGUCAGUCUGCACCACACUGGAUAUUCAUUGAGUCUUCCUCAUACUGCUCCUCCAGUUGGGUCUGCCCAUUGCCACCUCCCUCCAUAGCAGGAUGUGCAUAAUGCUCAUUAAUGUGCCAUGGCCAACCUCCACAGGAGCAGAAGAAUCUGAGCUAAUUAAAAUAAAUCUUUGGA